AUGGAAGCAGCGAAAAUCAUUCUAGGAUGCUCCAAGCGCACAAGUAAUGCAGCCGUCAGGACAGAAUUGGGGAUCCAAUCCCUACGGUCGGGAAGAGAUGCAAGGAAGCUGACAUGGCAGUAUCGCAUGUGCGGGAUGGGAGAGGAGAGGUUGCCGAAAAUAGUGUGGGAGGCGAAGUGGGCAAACAAAACGAGGGGUAGACAACCCACGGAAUGGGUCAAGGUUGUAGAGGACGUAUGGAAGGGGUUCGAUAUCGACGAAGAUGAAACGCUGGAAACGGAGGGUCUGAAGGGGUUCAAGGAGAAGAUAUCUGUUGCUUGUGCCGAGAGAGGACGACAGAAUCUAAGGAAAGAAACCGAGGAUAAGGAGGGUCUAGAAGUGACCGGGGACAUAGGCCUUCGAGAACGUCGACGAAGACAUAGGACGGUAGACGAGGAAGACGACGAGUUCAAAUGUGAUUGCGGCUUCGAAUGCGAAGACCGUGUUCAUGUAGUCGCGGAAUGUCCGUUGUACAAGAAGGAGAGGGAAGUGUACGUGACUGAGCUGGGAAAAAUAGAUGGAACGUACAGGGAGAUGUUUGAGGCAUGGAAUAGAGAGGAAAGGACGGUAGCGGUACUGGGGAGUUGGAAGUGGGUUUGCAAAGGCGGUAAGGGAUAUCGGUGGGAUGGGCAGACUAGGGAAGACAUUUUUGAGCCACCUUUGGCAAAGUAG